UUAGACUGAGGCUGGUGCCUGGCCAUGGCUACAGGUUAUUUGCUGCUGACUGAUGUGGAAAGUGAAAAUCAACACUCCUGUGGGGUUAUCAGCCGAGCAGAAGAUUGCUCUGUUGCACAACCCUUCGUUGCUUAGCCCCUUUCCUGCUGGUUGAAUGACCAGUUGGACAAAAACAUCAGAGGGUAGAAGCUGCAGGCCCCCAGCCUCAUGCUUUACUCCACACCUCCACGCGCGCCGAGCUGCCACUCUACUCAAGGCUUCCACAUCUACGCUGGUGCUCCUUUCUGCUACACGAGUCCGAGUCUGCCGCUCCGGAGCCGUGCUAUGCCCCCCGCCUCCGCUCUGGACUAGUAAACCUGUAGGACUUGGUGCUGCCUGAAGAGAGAAAAUGUCAGCUGGCGAGGCCUUCGUCACGCUGGCCGCCUCAGACUCCUACUGCCAGGGAGCCACGGUGGUGGCCACCAGCCUGCGGCGGCACGCAACCACUCGCCGCAUCGUCGCCAUGGUCACGCCAAACAUCUCUGAGCAGUCCAGGAAAGGCCUGGAGGACGUCUUUGAUGAGGUCAUCACGGUGGAGGCGAUGAACAGCGAGGAUCCGCUCCAUCUGGCCAUGCUGGGACGUCCUGAGCUCGGCGUCACCUUCACCAAGAUCCACUGCUGGAAUCUGACUCAGUUCAGCAAAUGUGUCUUCCUGGAUGCCGACACGCUGGUCCUGUCUAACGUAGACGAGUUGUUCCAGAGGGACGAGCUGUCCGCUGCUCCUGACCCUGGAUGGCCCGACUGCUUCAACUCGGGCGUUUUUGUCUUCAGGCCGUCCAGGAAGACCUACGAAAGCCUCCUGGAUCAUGCCCUGCACCAUGGAAGCUUCGACGGAGGAGAUCAAGGCCUCUUAAACUCAUUCUUCAGCAGCUGGAGCUCCGAAGACAUCAGCAAACACCUGCCGUUCCUCUACAACCUGUGUGCUAGCUCCUUGUACAGCUACCUCCCCGCCUUCAGGCAGUUCGGACACCAGGUCAAGAUCGUCCACUUUGCAGGAGCCGUGAAGCCCUGGAGCUCCCACAGGGAGGAUGGUCACUCCCGUGUUCUGGAGCAGUUUGAGUCUUUGUGGUGGAAGGAGCACCACCAUCACUCUGCCCCACCAGUGACACCUUCACCCACUCCAAGCAGGCACAGACCAAAGGUCCAAGAACAAGGGGUCCAGAUGCCGUUCACAGUCAACCUGGACACCUCCAGUUCCCUGCUCGCACAUUUUUCUACAUCUGAUGACAGUUUGCACUCGCAGCCUGAAGAACUGACGUCUCCCCACAGAGACAGCUGCCCCCCACAGAAGGAGUCCAGUGUCCGGGAGGAGAAGUCCCCCCACCUGGAGAAGGAAUCAGCAGUCCCAAACGAGAAGAAAGCAUUCCAGGAAGAGAGGACGACAUUCCGGGAAGAGAAGACGCCAUUCCCGGAAGAGAAAACGGCAUUUCCGGAAGAAAAGACAACACUCCCGGAAGAGAAGUCCCCAGUCCCGGAACAGAAGUCCCCAGUCCUGGAAAAGGAGUCAGUGGUCCCGGAGAAGGAGUUCCAAAAACCAGAGCCAGCAGCAAGCGCUGAUUCGCCAUCAGGAGCUGUUGGGGUGAAGGACAGCGGCGGCGCCGCGUACCGUGAUGAUGAGCCGGUAGGAAAAGUUGUUUCCUUUCCAUCUUCUUUCUCUAUUGAACUCACCUGA